AUGGCAGCUGUCGACUCGGUUCCUCCAGCACGCAGCUCCGUGAAGCAGCCCACGCCUCAAGUCAUCGACAAACCAUCCGCCAGUAACAGCUCCGCGAAUACCGUCGUGCAGCCAAAGCCCCAGGUCAUUCAGCAAAAGACCCUCGGGUCUGGCAUCCUGGUGUCGCCUCGCCAACGCGGCAAUCCUCUCUUGACCAGCAUUCGAUCGAUACCGUGGGAAUACAGUGACAUACCGGCAGAUUACGUCCUUGGGUUGACGACGUGUGCGCUCUUCUUGAGUCUCAAAUACCACCGUCUUCAUCCUGAAUACAUCUACACUCGCAUUCGUAAUCUCCAGGGCAAAUACAACCUCCGUAUUCUUCUCACCCUCGUUGAUAUCCCAAACCACGAAGACUCUUUACGCGAACUAUCAAAGACUUCAGUUGUCAACAAUGUGACUGUUAUACUGUGCUGGUCUGCAGCCGAAGCCGCUCGCUAUCUCGAACUCUACAAGUCGUACGAAAACGCCAACUUUUCUGCCAUCCGCGGACAGCAGUCGUCCAAUUAUGCCGACAAACUGGUUGAAUUUGUUACAGUACCAAGAAGUCUGAACAAGUCAGACGCCGUAGCUCUGGUUGCUAAUUUUGGCAGUCUGAAGAAUGCAAUCAAUGCAGAGCCAGAGCAACUGAGCAUGAUUAGCGGAUGGGGUGGCGCCAAGGUAAAAAGAUGGACUUCUGCGGUUGAAGAGCCGUUUCGAGCAAGGAAAGCAGCCAAGAGAGGCUUCCAGCCAUCAUCAUCCACACAACCUCCCGCGCAGUUUCACUUCUUGGACGAAGACGAUGAUUCUGAUGAAGAGGAAGCAUUUGCUACAAUGAGCCGGGGAGAAGAGCAGGCGCCUUCUCAACCUACAAAUCAACCCCAGGAGGAGCGCCAACCCAACAAAGAAAGUAGCCAGCUUAGUGAAGGCGUAGCAGCAGCAUUGGCAAAGCUGCGUCAAAACGGGUGA